AUGGGCAACAGUCAGGGCAAACCCAUCGAUUGGGAUGGCGAAGUCACCCUGAAUCACUUCCGUCUGCUUCGAGUUGUCGGCCGGGGCGCCUUCGGCAAAGUACGCAUCGUGGAACGAAAAGACACGGGCCUCUCGUUCGCCUUGAAAUACAUUCGGAAAGAUGAAGUGGUGCGGUCCGAGAGCGUUCGGAACAUCAUUCGCGAAAGACGAAUGUUGGAACAUGUGAACCAUCCGUUCAUUUGUAACCUGCGAUACAGCUUCCAAGACAUCGAGUACAUGUAUCUCAUCGUCGACUUGAUGAGCGGUGGCGAUUUACGGUUUCAUAUUUCUAGGAAGACAUUUACGGAAGACGCUGUUCGGUUCUGGAUUGCCGAGCUAGGCUGUGCGUUGCGAUACAUCCAUGGCCAGGGCAUCAUUCACCGAGACGUCAAGCCGGACAACGUACUCCUCGACGCCGAUGGCCACGUGCAUCUGACAGAUUUCAAUGUCGCAUCCGACAUCGUUCCGGGGAAAACUUUAACAAGCAAGUCUGGUACGCUAUCCUAUCUAGCACCAGAGGUAUACGCCGGUAAAGGCUAUGACGUUCGUGCCGACUGGUGGUCCUUGGGUGUGCUCUUUUACGAGUGCAUUUACAAUAAGAGGCCCUUCGAUGGCAACUCGGAGAGCACACUAAGCGCCCAGAUCCAAGCAGCGAAUCCGAAAUAUCCGAUCACAUCCCCGCCUGUGUCUCUUCCCUGCCUGUACGCCAUCCGCGACGCCCUCGAGCCGAACCGCGACAAGCGAAUGGGAUCCACAUGGGAGAGUUUCAUACAUCACGAGUUCUUUUCCGUGAUCGAUUUCGAUUUGUUGGAGCAAAAGCGUAUCGACCCUGUUUUUGUCCCAGCUGCCGACAAGACCAACUUUGAUGCGACUUACGAUCUCGAGGAGCUGUUGCUGGAGGAAGCGCCUCUCGAAGCGAGGGCGCGCCGUCAAAAACCUCGAGAGAAGUUGAAAGAAGAUGCCAGCGAAAAGGAGAUCAGAGAAGACGAACUAUACCGAAUGAUCGAGGCGGAGUUUAAGCCUUUCGACUAUACAGUGGCCGCCUACAAGAAAAUAACCGGCCAAGCUGGCGCAAAUCAUGGCACUGUGGACAACGCGGCCGCUAUCGGAAGUCAACCGCAAGCAUUGACAACAGACAAAGCCACCCCUGCCGCCCUAGCGAAUGUAAAUACCGGCAGCCCUCAAGUUUACAACCCCUCCCCCGUACAUAGAACGCCGAGCCAUGGGAAGGACUCACUCCAAGAAUCGCCAAGAGCUCCCUCUACCAACUCGGUACCCCCGCCAGUCCCACAGCAUUCGGCACAUUAUUCGACACCGAAAACACCGGGUUCUUCGUCAAAGAGGGUAACUAGCCCCGCGGGUGGUGUGCAGGUCACAUUAGAUGGCGGCGGUAGCUGGUCAGACUUGGCAAGGCAAGACGCCACUUUGCCUACCGACGCCAAUGCUGCUGGUGACGGCAAGGGCGAAGCCUCCGGUGGUGUGUUUGGCUUCCUCAGCAGGAAGAAGGGCCGAGGACACAGCCCGAAGCCCAAAGAACGAGGCGUGUUGGGCAAGGAGGGUGCAAGAGUUGUCAUUGGAUAA